AUGAAUCAACUGUAUUCUUAUGAAUCUCCUUCAAUGAGAAAUAAUGUUAAUGGAUUUUCCAAUGGUCAUUCUACACAUUCACCAAUUAUAAAUUAUAGAAAAGAUGCUAAAAAGGGGGUUAAAUUCACAUUUAUGGUUGUUGGUGAAAGUGGUACUGGUAAAACUACAUUUAUCAAUAGUUUAUUAAAUAAAAAAGUUUUAAAUCAUCGUUAUGAACAUUUAACACAUAAUAAUAAUAAUGAUAAUACCAAGAUAUUAACUUUCACAUCUGCAAAAUCUGUUGCUUUACCAAAUACUUCAAUGUUGACUAGACAAGAAUUUAAUCCAAGAACAAUAAAUGAAGAACCAGGUAUUGCUUUAACCGAAACCAAUAUAGAAAUUGUUGAUGAUGAUAAUAUGAAAAUUUUAUUAAAUAUAAUAGAUACACCUGGUUUUGGAGAAAAUUUAAAUAAUGAAUUGUGUUUUAUUGAAAUUGAAAAUUAUUUGAAACAACAAUUUGAUUUAGUUUUAGCUGAAGAAACUAGAAUUAAAAGAAAUCCAAGAUUUAUUGAUACAAGAGUACAUGUUAUGUUGUAUUUUAUUACACCAACUGGUCAUGGUUUAAGAGAAAUUGAUAUACAAUGUAUGAAGCGAUUAUCAAAAUAUGUUAAUAUAAUACCUGUUAUAAGUAAAGCUGAUUCUUUCACAAGUUCUGAAUUGUCACAAUUUAAACAACAAAUUAGAUAUGAUAUUGAAAAAUUUAAUGUACCCAUUUUUCAAUUUGAUAAUUUUUUGAAUGAAUAUGAUGAAGAUGAAGAUCGUGAUUUAAUUGAAGAAUGUCAAUUUUUAGCUAGUUUACAACCAUUUGCAAUUGUAACUUCAGAAGAUACUUAUGAAAUUAGAGAUGUAAAUGGAGAAGUUAAAACUAUUAAAGCAAGAAAAUAUCCAUGGGGUUUAAUUGAUAUAAAUGAUAGAAAAGUUUCUGAUUUUGCAAUUUUGAAAAAUGUUUUAUUAGGAACUCAUUUACAAGAUUUGAAAGAUUUAACUCAUGAUUUCCUUUAUGAAACUUACAGAACUGAAAGAUUAACAAAAGUUACAGGUAAUGGUUCAUUGGAAGAUGAAGAUUAUGAAGAUCUGGAAUUUCAUGAUACAGUUGAACAUCAUAAUGAAGGAAUUAAAGAUAUACCUUCAUUAAGUAACUUAGCACAAUUGACUGACUCAACUACUUCAAAUAAUUUAGAUGUUAAUUCAAUGUCAUCAAAUUCAUCACUCAGAAAAUCAACAUCAAUGUUGAUUGAUGCACCAUCCUCAUCAUCAUCACCGAAAUUAAAAAAUGCAGCAUCAUUUACAUCAUCAACAUCUACUAUUUCAUUUGAAAAUGGUGGUAGUGGUGGUGGUGGUGCAACAGAAAGAGCUCCAAAUAAUAAUGCAUUUAAAAGAUUAUCAAUUGGACCACAAAGAAAUCAAUUGCGUCAAAUAUCUGAAACUGUUCCAUAUGUAUUAAGACAUGAAAGAAUAUUGGAAAGACAACAAAAACUAGAAGAAAUGGAACUGGCAAGUGCAAAAGAAUUGGCAAAUAGAGCCGCUUUAUUGGAGAAGAAAGCUGCUGAAUUGAAAGCAAAAGAAAGAACAUUGAUGAAACAAUUGGAGAUGGCAAAACAAAGAGAAUUAUCAAGAACUAGUUCAAAUAAUAUAAAUGCAAAUUCAACAACAAAUUAUGAAGAUGAUGAAAAAAAUAUAGAAGAAAUUAGAGAUGAUUCAUCAAAUUAUGAAAAUUCAGGAUCAAUACAAAAGGAUGAAACAUUGACUGAUUUACAUUCAAUUGUAAGUAACCAACCAGAACAUCAACAUAUACCAAAACAACAACCACGUUAA